AUGCAGCGCAGUAGCGGCAGAUUGCCUACUAGUAAGACCACCCUUGUGGUGGAUGGCAGCCUCGAUAAAGGGGAUGAGUACUUCAAAACGAAGCUCACGCCCACUCAAUUCAAGGUACUUCGGCAAGCUGCCACCGAGCCCCGAGGAGUAACCCUUGACAAAGGAGGAUGGGAUGACAACUACGCUGAGGGAACCUAUUUGUGUGGGGCAUGCGAUACACCGCUUUACGAUUCAUCCCACAAGUUUGACUGUGGAUGCGGAUGGCCGGGGUAUUGGACCAACAUUGAGGGGGCGGUAGCUGAGCGAAGCGAGACUGAUGGCUCUGGUCGAGUCGAGAUCGUCUGUGCGAAGUGCGGCUCCCAUCUCGGACAUGUAUUUCGUGGUGAAGGGAUGGGGUAA